AUGGUGGCACUGACAGGUAUAUUAGCUCAGAGUUUCCAAUAUCCAUUAGUUAUGGCUGCCGUCACCACCUCGCCUCCCGCCUCACCGACGGCCGCGCCGCCGCCUGCAGCAAAACAGCCGCUGCCGCCUGCAUUGUCUGUCGACAACACCUCGGCGGCUCACCUGCGCGAUGCUCCCAUAUCCCCUGUCCGCGUCAACUUCCAGGACCACUCGUGGCCCAAGCCCUCCAAUGCCAACAUUGAAGACGCCGACGCGGACCAUGUUCCACACAUGCACCUCGCCAACAUGUCCCUCGACCACAACCCCCUAGCCGACGCUGCCCCGGGCCGUCUGCGCCCCCAAGAAGCCAAUCGCAGCUCUCGCGAGUCGGACGAGUCCAACACCACCUCGCUCGCCCCGGCCUCGCUACAGUCCUCGGCGCCCACCACCACCAGCUCCCUCUCGGCCACCCAAGAGAACCCGGAAUGCCCUCCCCUCAACCACUCCUCCGCCUCCUCCGCCACCGGUGAUGCCCUGCCCCACAGCCAGUCGGUUCCUCUCUUCCAGUAUCACCACCAGCAAGAUGAUGCCUCGGACCCUAGCGCAGGCUCGACACCUGAUCCCGUCGACAAUGCCGUGCACAUUCGCCGCCAUCUUACCCCCACUAUGCAGGCCAUGCGCCGAACCUCGAUGCCUCGUCCGAACUCCUCCUAUUCUACAUACUCAGACUUUGGUCCUCGCGGCCUAUCCCCCGGCGGGAUACCGGGCAGUCCUUACAUGCGGCCGCCCUCUGGCCAGUCAAGAAAAUCACCCGAUCAUCGCAAUUCAACAUAUGCCGAGCUUCUCAACGUUCCAUACCCUCAACAGGCUCCCGCGCCUUUGACCUGGGACAAUUCCAACCUGCGCAAUGUUGUCGGCAAUAAUGCGUCGUUGCUUAGCGCCCAAAAGACAUUGCAAAUGUACCGCCAAAACGUCAAGAAGACGACCGACUUCUCCAUUCAGUACUCAUUUGCCGUCUUUCUCAUCUCGACCGCUCAGGAGCAAGGUCUGGACUGGACGGACCCGAAGAAGAAGCCAGCGCCCCACCGCGACCUCGAUAGCCCUGUUGUCGAGACGGCGGUGGCAUCGCCCGUUGAGCUUGUUCGCGAAGCUAAGCAGAUCCUCCAGCGUCUCGCUAAUGGCGGCUACCCCUUCGCCCAGUACUACCUGGCUGACGGAUAUGCCUCGGGUCUGUUCAACAGGGGCAAGCCCGACUACAAUUCGGCCUUUUCUCUCUUUGUCCUUGCUGCCAAGCACGGCCACGCCGAGUCGGCCUACCGGACAGCCCUCUGCUACGAGUUUGGCUGGGGCUGCCGCAAGGAUCCCGCCAAGGCGGUUCAGUUCCUGCGAUCCGCAGCCUCCAAGAGCCACCCCGGCGCCAUGACGCGUCUCGGUAAGGCCUGCCUCUCUGGUGAUCUCGGCGAGAAGCGCUACCGCGAGGGAAUCAAGUGGAUGAAGCUCGCCACCGAAGCCGCCGACACGCAAUACAAUGCCGCCCCGUACCAACUCGGCUGCCUGUACGAGACGGGCUACGGCGAUGACAUUUUUCAAGAUUCGAGCUACGCCGCGGAGCUCUUUACGCAGGCUGCCGACCUGGGACACCCAGAGGCCAACUACCGCAUGGGCGACGCCUACGAGCACGGGCUGCUCAACUGUCCCAAGGACCCAGCACUGAGUGUGCACUUUUAUACGGGAGCCGCCGAACGUGGCCACGCCGCCGGUAUGAUGGGGUUGUGUGCCUGGUACAUGGUGGGAGCUAUCCCUAUAUUAGAAAAGGACGAGGAGGAGGCAUAUGAAUGGGCGAGAAGAUCAGCGGAGCUAGGGUAUGUCAAGGCACAGUAUGCCGUGGGAUACUUUUUGGAAAUGGGCAUUGGAUGCCGGAGGGAUAUUCUCGAGGCCAACGUAUGGUACGUCCAGGCGGCGGACGCGGGCGACGAGCGGGCCAAGCAGCGCCUGUCGGUGAUCCAGGCGGCGAUUCACGGGGGCACGCCGAUGGAGGUGGCGCCAGGCAAGACGGGGAAAAAGGACGACAAGGACUGCGUCGUCAUGUAG